AUGACUAAAACAGCCUUUGAUCCUUCAGAAGUUACAGUUAUCUUUGUUCUCGGCGGACCUGGGGCUGGCAAAGGCACUCAGUGUGAUCGUAUCAAGAGAGAUUACAAUUUUGUUCAUCUUUCAGCUGGUGACCUUUUGCGUGAGGAACAAAAGCGAAAGGGAUCUAAAUACGGUGAACUCAUUCAAAACUAUAUACGUGAUGGAUUAAUCGUGCCUAUGGAAGUAACAAUUGCUCUUUUGGAAAAUGCAAUGAGAGAGGCAAUUGAAACUGAAAAUAAAACGCGGUUCUUGAUUGAUGGGUUUCCUCGCAAGAUGGAUCAAGCAGAAAAGUUUGAAGAAACAGUAGUAGAAUCCAAGUUUGUGUUAUACUUUAGCUGUUCCGAGGAGACUCUCUUGCAACGUUUAUUGAAACGAGGCGAAAGCUCGGGACGUAUCGAUGAUAAUAUUGAAUCAAUCAAGAAAAGGUUCCAAACAUUCAAAGAUACAAGUUAUCCUGUGAUCGAGGCAUUCGAAACGAGAAACAAAGUUCGUGAGAUUAAUGCCGAGAAAUCGAUCGAUGAGGUUUAUGACGAUGUCAAGAAGGUGUUUGAUGCCCUGUUAUUACAAUAA